AUGACGUCUUCCAACCGCUAUCCCUUCGCUGCGGCGCCUGACAUUAUUCGCUCACAUCAGAAAGACGCGUACUUCGAAGGCGUGCUGCUCGAGCAGCUGUCGGCCAUCCUCCGCAAGCUCCGAGGAGCGCGCUUCGCCCACAACUACACGAGCGAGGCCAAGACAGCUGCCGAGCUCCUCUACCUGGGACUGACCACCUUCGUCGGCAACCGCACGCUCGGCGAGGAGUACUGCGACAUCGUGCAGGUCGAGGAUGACACGCUCCGCCUGCCGGCCGUCUAUCGUCGCGGCGGCUACAUCGUCACAACCAUACUCUUGCCGUACGGGCUCAACCGGAUCCUGCCCGCCUUCAGGCGAAGGAUACGCGCCAAACUCGAGGCGAACCUGCGCAAGCUCUCGCGCAAGCCGGGCGGGCAGACUGGGAUGGCGCACCGCAUCCAGUCGUACGUGCUGAACAACCUGGACCCCCUCACGUCGCCGUCGUCCGUCUACGCCGUCAGCCUGGCGGCAUUCUACUUCUCGGGCGCCUACUACGAGCUCGGCAAGCGGCUGUGGGGCCUCCGCUACAUCUUCACGCGGCGCAUCGAGCCGUCGGAGCAGCGGGUCGGCUACGAGGUGCUGGGGGUGCUGCUGGUGCUGCAGCUGGCGGUCCAGAGCUACCUGCACCUGCAGAACACCAUGGUGGCGAACGCGGGGUCGGCGGCGGGCGGCACGGCGGUGCUCGACCACGGCGUCGAGGUGUCGCUGAACGCGCAGGACUACGCGUCCAACAACGCGCUGCUCUUCGACACGAACCACGCGGGGUCGAGCGCGGCGGAGCAGAGCAGGCGCGUGGCCAAGACGACGAACACGCCCGUGUCGGCGACGCCGCGGGUCGACCUGUCGGACGCCGGGUGCCUGGGGUGGAUGCCGGGCGGGCAGCAGCGCAAGUGCACGCUGUGCCUGGAGGAGAUGAAGGACCCCAGCGUGACGACGUGCGGCCACGUCUUCUGCUGGACGUGCAUUGGGGACUGGUGCCGCGAGAAGCCGGAGUGCCCGCUGUGCAGGCAGAUGUGCCUUGUACAGCACAUGCUGCCGCUGCGGUGUUGA